AGCCAAUCAACGUAGAGUUCCAGAUCCGAUUGUUGCUAAAAUGAUGGCAUACGUUCCUGUGGAUGCUCCGGUACCCUUGUCGACAUGGUCAAUUCUCAUCUGUGCUCAACAGUAUUCCAACAUGCCCCUCGAACAGCGGUAGCAAUGACUAGGGGAUCCUCAUACUCCUUGUCAAGCGUCCAGGCAAGUCUAUACAUCCUAGACAUAGUUAGUCUGUUACCGACAUCUUGGAAUCUAUAAACCCAGGAUGCCUCGUACGUAUGAUUUCUCUUCCUGUUCAUCAUCCUCCAAGGCCCUGGUGCUACUGGCUAUUACAUUCGUUUAUGUCCAUAUACAUUCACUUCACGCUAUAGAUUCAUCAUGCGUACCUUUAUGUUAAUGUCUUUUACUUUCGCAAGCAGCCUUGCCGUUGCCUCUGCUUCAUCCCUCCCUGUUUUCAUACGUGACGUUUCUCCUGACGAUACAUGCGGCAAUACCGGAGCGGGAUCAUCCGGUUAUACUUGCCCUACAGGCACUUGCUGCUCGCAAUAUGGAUACUGUGGCAACACAACCGAUUACUGCACCAGCGGCUGUCAGAGCACCUUCGGUGUAUGCACACUUACAAGCGGAGACGAUUCCGCAUCCUCUACGACUGACGUAGUCUCUUCUUCUGCAACCGACACAGUUUCUCCAGAUCUGACAUGUGGAACAACGGGUGCCGGCACUGCUGGCUACACUUGCCAGACCGGCAUGUGCUGCUCUGCCUAUGGUUAUUGUGGUAAUGGCACCGACUAUUGCAGCUCUAGCAACGGGUGCCAGAAAUCCUUCGGCGAUGCUUGCACCGAAGAUGGAGACGCUGGUAGCGAUGCCGGUUCCAGCACUGGGCUUUGUGGUCCCAAUAAUGGUGGUGCAGUAUGUGCUUCGAAUGAGUGCUGUUCUGCUGCAGGAUACUGCGGUACGACGUCUGAUCACUGCAAAGCUCCAGACUGCUUAUUCAACUACGGACCGGCUUGUGAUGCCAACAAGACUCCAUCAGGAACGAACACCACCACACUGACGCGGUCCAAGAUCGGCAGUAUUGCCUAUGGCGGUGCAGGUAUCUACAGUUGUGAGAAAGCUGGCACCGUUGCUUUGACUUAUGAUGACGGCCCCAGUGGCUAUACUAGCGACUUGCUUGACCUUCUCGCCAAGUACAAUGCUAAGGCUACCUUCUUCAUCACUGGUAACAACAAUGGUAAGGGUGAGAUUGAUAACACCAGCCUCGCCUGGCCAUCAAUUAUCCAGCGCCAGCAUUCCUCCGGACACCAGAUUGCUUCGCACACAUGGUCUCAUCCCGACCUUAGCAACAUCACUUCACUUCAACGAAAGAACGAGAUGGUUAAGAAUGAGAUGGCUCUUCGCAACAUUCUCGGAUUCAUUCCGACUUACAUGCGACCUCCCUAUAGUUCUUGUACUGCUGAUAGUGGUUGCGAGUCGGACAUGUCUGACCUGGGAUACCACGUUGUAUACUUUGACCUGGACACCCAGGAUUACCUUCACGAUGACCCUACACAAAUUCAAACCUCAAAAGAUAUCGUCGACAACUUUUUCGCCGGCAAGAACCCGUCCGAGUUUGACGCUCUUUCUAUUGGCCACGACAUUCAUUAUCAAACCGUAUACAACCUCACUGAGUAUAUGCUCAAGGAGCUGCAAACUCUGAACUACACGGCUGUGACCGUGGGUGAGUGUCUUAACGACCCAGCAGAAAAUUGGUAUCGGAUUGACUCGGCAACGAGCUUGAUCUCGAGCGUAAGUUCUACCACAGCUGCUUCUACUUCUACCGGCGCGGCAACAGCCAUUAGCACUGUUCGCAGCGCUGCCACUACCUCUACUACCGCUGCCUCCUCAACCCUCAGCAGUAUUAUCACAAGCACAGUACGCUCCACAACCACCACUGCAAGAACUACUAGCACUACCUCCACUGCUUCUACCCCAACCAGCACGGGCUCGUCAUCAUCCUCGUCCUCCGGACUCUUAGGCUCUUGGAUAGAUUGGCUGAAGGGUAUUCUUGGACGUCACUAGGUUCACGCAUGUGGAUUAAGGGAAAAUAUGAAACAUACAUGAUUAUAGAGUCUCGAUGAUUGGAUUGAGGACGGCGUAAAUGAUAAUAUUUAUAUUAAUGAUUAACACAAUUAAAC